AUGUUUUUUUUUACAAGUACAUAUUUAAAAAAAACUAAAUUGAUAUUGGCUAUAUUAUCAGCUUUAGGAAAACGAAGAGCUGCAAUAAGAAAAAAAAUAGACAUCUUAGCUUCAGACAAGAGUUGUACAUUAUAUCGUUUCGUUUAUGUGUAAUUUAUAUACAUUAUUUUGUUUAUAUGGAUGAUGCAACGAAAAUAUAUUUUAAACAUUUUCUUUAUGUAAUGAAUAAUGUCACCAUGCCGAUCAUUUCAUUGUUAUCAGUUGUUCGAAAUUUUAACAUUUUGAUAUUGUUAUAUAAAGCUAGUUUCCAUCUAUUUAGGUUGCUAUAUAUAUAAUAGGAGCUAAACGAUGUCAAGAUAAACUUAUUUAUCCAAGUACAGUGAUAUAAAUUGUUUCUAUUUUGACUAUAAGAUAUUUCUAUUUCACUGUUUUAACAUAUAUAUUAUGCAUCAUAAUUUUUCAAUCUUUGUUUAAUUGUGCCUGCAUUUCUAGAAAUGUUUUUAUUCUCUAAUAUAAAAUCCUGAAUUAGACGCGAUAUAGCUGUUCAAUAUGCAUGUAAAGUACGUAUGUAUACUAUGUGAGUGAAUUUCAAAAGCGUUUCUAAAACGCGGGUAGCUCUCUCUCUCUCUCUCUUUUUCUCUCUCUCUGCUUCUCCAGAAUCUGCUUCUUCUCCAAUGAAUGAAACGCGGUCACGUGUUUAAGAAACAUAACCUAUGUUUCCACGUGCCUCGCGCUUACGAUACUUUUCCACGCAAUAUUUAAAAUUGCAUGUAUAAAUGAAUAUACAAUUUCUAUUUUUGAAUAUAAAUAAGAUCGUUCAUUUCUAGACACGGAAAAUUAUCAAUAAGACAAGAUGUCUCGUUUAAUAGUAAAAAAUUUGCCAAAAAAUAUCACGGACACCAAAUUGAAAGAAUUAUUCAGUGAGAAGGGUAUUGUGACCGAUGUCCAGUUGAAGUACAAGGAUGGCAAGUUUCGACGAUUUGCAUUUAUUGGUUACAAAUCAGAGGAACAAGCAAAAUUGGCGCAAUCCUAUUUUGAUCAAACAUUCAUCGAUACUUGUAAAAUAUCUGUCGAGCAAUGUGCAAAUUUAGGUGAUCCUUCCAAGCCAAGAUCAUGGAGCAAAUAUGCAAAUGACAGUUCUUAUAACAAAAAGAUUAAUGAGGCAUCUGCUAAGUCAAAGGAAAAAUCGAUAGACUCGACAGAAACGAAUGAUGUAGAGGAAAUUAAGGAUAAAAGUGACAAAAAGAAGAAAAAGAAAAAGGCAGACAGAAAGGAGAAUGACGAAGUUAAGAAAGCACUCGAAAAGCACAAGGAUGAUCCUUUAUUUAUGGACUUUCUUGAAACGCAUACUAGUAAAGAUGCAAAAGUAAUUUGGAAAAAUAAUAUUGAUGUAUCAGCGAAAGAAGAAACUAUGGAGGAGUCUGAUGAUGAGUCUGAAAACGAGGAAGAUGACGAGAAAAAAAGUACAGGAAAAAUAACACUUUCAAGUGGAAAAGACGAACCUGAUUGGCUACGUCAGAGUGGAAUAAAAUCUCUGAUGAAAGAUGUACCAAAGCAUGGUCCAUUGACAUUUUAUACUGUAAAAUUACGAGGACUGGGAUACAAUCAUGUAAAAAAACACAUUAAGCAAUUCUUUCGUCCUAUAAAACCGAAAUCUAUACGAGUACCACCUAAAAUUAAAGGUAUAGCUUACGUGGGAUUCAAAACAGAGCAAGCCAUGAAGAAGGCUCUUAUGAAGAAUAAGAGUUUUCUAGAAGGAAAACAAAUAUUUGUAUCGAAAUAUGAACAAAAAGAGGCAGUCGAAUCUGACAAGGGCUCAUCUAAUAUUAAAUGGAAGAAACAAGAGGAGGCUUUAAAGAACGAAGAGAGUAUAGCGGAAUCUGGAAAGAUGUUUAUCAGAAAUCUGACAUAUACAACUACGGAAGAUGACAUCAGAAAACUAUUUGAGAAGUAUGGUCUUCUGUCUGAAGUGGAUUUACCUGUGGAUAAAGUAACUAGGAAACCGAAAGGUUUUGGCACAGUGACGUUCCUGAUGCCAGAACAUGCUGUAAAAGCUUACAGCGAACUAGACGGUUCGGUAUUAGAUGGCAGAAUGUUACAUAUUCUGCCCGGAAAGGCGAAAGCUUCCUUGGAGGAUAUCAAUACUGAAAAUUUAACUUAUAAACAAAAGAAAGAACUGCAGACUAAGGCGGCAGCGGGUUCGUCGCACAAUUGGAAUACGCUGUUUCUUGGACAGAACGCCGUGGCGGACGCUGUUGCGAGUCGUUACAACACGACGAAGGAGAAGUUGUUGGAAGAUGGAUCGAAUGGAAUGAGCGCCGCGGUCAAACUAGCGUUAGGAGAAACCCAAUUGACUCAGGAUACAAAAGCGUUUUUGGAGGAGAAUGGCGUGUGCUUGGAUGCUUUUAAUGAGGCGCCCAAAAAGAGGUCGAGUAGCAUAAUUUUAGUGAAGAAUUUGCCGGCUGAGACGAAACCGAGGGAACUACGAGAGAUGUUUGCCAAACAUGGAGAGCUCGCGCGUAUCGUAAUGCCACCGGCGGGCAUAACAGCGCUGGUCGAAUUUCUAGAGCCAUCCGAAGCACGCAAGGCUUUCCGUGCAUUAGCUUACACGAAAUAUAAGCAUUUACCAUUGUAUCUAGAGUGGGCGCCGGAUAACAGUUUCUCCACGCCUGCAUCUAAAACUAAGGUAACUAAAAGUAAAACGGCCACAAAAAAAUCCACAGAUUUGGAAGAAGUUAAGGAUGAAACAACGAUAAAAGAAUCUAAAGAAAAUGAGAGUAAUACACACAGAAAGGAGGACGACGAACCACCCGAACCGGAUACAACACUUUUCGUAAAAAAUAUCAAUUUUUCAACUACGGAGGAACAGUUGAAAGAUUACUUUGGUAAAUGUGGUCCUCUUCAUUACGUCACAAUAGCAACUAAAAAGGAUCCGAAAAAUCCUGCACAAAAAUUGUCUAUGGGAUACGGAUUCGUAAGGUACAAGAGAAAACACGACGCGGAUCGUGCGUUAAAAACGUUGCAGAUGUCAGUACUCGAUGGGAAAAGUUUGGAAUUGAAACGAUCUGAGAGAACGCUAAUGUCCGAUGUCAAAACAGCGAGAAAGAAGACCAAGAUUACCGAACAAACCGGCACUAAAAUUUUAGUACGAAACAUACCCUUCCAAGCAACCGCCCAGGAAAUGACAGAGUUGUUCAAAUCGUAUGGUGAGUUGAAGGCCGUACGACUACCGAAAAAACUGGUCGGCACUGAGAAGCACAGAGGAUUCGCCUUCAUCGAGUAUUAUACUAAGACAGAUGCAAAGAAAGCAUUUAACGCACUUGGUCAAAGUACUCAUUUGUACGGUCGAAGAUUAGUGCUUGAAUGGGCACAGGCGGAGGAAGGCAUUGAGGAAAUUAGAAAACGUACUGCGAAGCAUUUCUACCAUGAGAGUUCAACGAAAAAGUUUAAAAAGUCCAGGUUAGAUCCCGAAAGUGUUGGUCUCGAAUUAAACUCGACUCAAGAAAUGUAAUUUAUCAAUUAUUUAUAAGUUAUAUAAUAAAAAUAAAAUAAAAAUUCACAAAUUA